AUGGGUGUGAUUAUCGCCAAAUACAGUGGAGAGACAAACUAUGGCAAAGAAGUCAACGUCAUUGUGCCUCAUUAUGCCGAGGAGAAAUUCCACGUCCACACCAUCUUGGCAGACGACGUGUCGGAAGUCAUCACCGGCCUCGACGUCGAUGCCAACGCCAAGACGGCCAAUAGCACGGAAACGAAGAAGGUCUAG